CAGAUAGCGGCACAGACACUAACAGGAGCCGGAACACAGCUCGGCGGCUCUGGAUCCAGCAUUCAUUCUGGAAACAUCCUCUUUAUCUGCCUGUGCGUCUGCUGGUUGCCAAGGUUCAUGGAAUCAUCCCGUAUGUCAAGUUCAUCAAUCACUUUAAGUCUACCUACCGCCAUCUCUGUAGAUACAAUUGUAAUCAAAGAUCCUGAUAAGGAUGGACAACUGUAUGAGAGACCUACGAUAGACGAGGGUGAUGCAGCCAUCCGUAUUCAACAGUUUUGGAGGGGCCACCGCAAUCAAAAGAUUUUUAAACUUCUAAAGCAAGCGGCACGUGCUGCUGAAUCAUCGGCAGCAAAUGGCAUUUUAAAGAAAGUUAGCCCUUUAGAAGCAGAAUUGUUAAGAGAUCCCAGCAUGCAGUGUAAAGUAAGAUUCAGAUUUGCAGGCUGUGAAUUUCCACCUUUUAUCGUUUUCAAGAUUUAUCAUUGUUCGGGUGGUUAUGGAAACAAAUACAUAAGUGGAAAGAGAAUAAUCAAUACUUCAAGUCAGGCUGCAGAGAAUGCCUGCAAAUUGAUGGGCCAUCGUGCCUAUUAUGAGCAAAUCAUUUGUGAUGAACUACAGUAUCAGAAGCAUGGAAUAACAGACAUUGUGGAUGUGGCAACUCUGAAAGAUUACAUGCAGUACACUAGUCACCUAGAUGAGACUCCUGCUCACCUAGGAGGUCGGGAUAACUGCUGGAGAAGAUUAUCUCUAAAAAACAUGCCACGGACUACAAUUAUGUAUGAUAUAAUGGACUAUGCAGAGUCUGGAACUUUGUCCGAUAGACUUGAACAGGAAAUGAAAUUGCUUUUGCGGGUUUCCCACAGUGAAGAUGUUCAAAGGAGGCAACUAAGUGCUCUAACACAAAUCAGAUCUCCUGUACCUCCUCCAUCAGCAAUAUCUACACAUUGGUCAUCACAAAAAGCAGGAGCACUCAGACACUCUUCACGGCGUUCCCAGAGAGUUCGUAGCAAAGUAGCCAAAAUGAGGAGAAUUUAUGGAUUGGAGAGGGAAAAGGAGGACAGUAUAUAUGAUAACACUGAAGUCUCCAGCAAGCCAUUUUCAGAUGGGAAAGAACGGUUGGACCAUGUGGCCUUUUCAGAUGACGACUGGGAUGAAGAAGCCGAGAAGCUUUAUGUCUGGAGUCAAGGAUUGUCCAUGGAUAAAAUAUGACAGAAUACACCCUUUUGCACUAACAAUGUCCUGUUACAAUUGUAAAGAUCCCAGCACUAUGGUUGCUUGGUCAACAGGCAAAAGUAUAAAACAAAUGGUUUAAGUGCUUGGAAUCUUUUUAAUGUAUACACAUUUUUUUAAAAGCAAGGCUGCAAAAAUAAAGUUAACAACCCUAAUGCUGCA